CAAGAACAACCGGUUACAUUAGGUAACGUUAGAGUUACAUGUAGUUGCAUCACCUCUCUAUAUAAGGAUUUAAAUAUAUAUUUACAUGUGUUUUAUUGUAUUAUCGUUAAGGUCAGUGUCAAUAUACUAGUGUUGCUAGCGGCACCAUGGAUGUACAAAUCAUAGACUGUAUAAAUCAUAGAUUGUGAAACUAAAAAGGUUAGUGGAAAAUUUAGUAGAGCCAGCAUCCAAUCACAAGGACGAGUCGAAGCAACGAGAGAAAAGCAAUACCGUGACUGGCGCGUGGUGCCGAUAUCGUGCAUGGCUGCGUCAGAGACCACGCCUCCAUGCUGCAACUUUUUCCGGGGAUUGCAACCCUCAUUUUUGACAACAUAUACAUGUUUGCAGCGGCUCAAGGCAUCUGACCUGCAGCUGCGCUUUUGCACCAAUGAGACCCAGGCCACCAGAGAGACGUUUGUAGCCAAGCUCCAAAGACUGGGCUUUGACAUCUCUGUGUCUGAGGUCUUCUCUCCUGCUCCUGCGGCCGUGGCUGUUCUUAAAGAGAGGGGUUUACGGCCUCAUCUGCUGGUGUAUGAUGGACUUGUCCCCGAGUUUGACUGUGUUGACAAGACCAACCCAAACUGCGUGGUGAUUGGAGACGCAGCUGAAAAUUUUUCCUACCAGAACCUGAACGAGGCAUUCAGGGUCCUCAUAGGCCUGGAGAAGCCAGUGCUGUUCUCUCUGGGCCAAGGCCGGUACUACAAGGAGACAGAUGGUUUGAAACUAGAUGUCGGGGUUUACAUGAAGGCUCUGGAGUAUGCCUGUGAUUUAAAGGCUGAAGUCAUUGGAAAGCCAUCCACAACAUUCUUCCAGAGUGUUCUCAAUGACAUGGGGCUUCAACCACAUGAGGCACUGAUGAUCGGAGACGAUCUGGUGAAUGAUGUAGGUGGGGCCCAACACUGUGGAAUGAAAGGCGUUGCAGUCAGGACUGGAAAAUACAGGCCCAGUGAUGAGAGGCACCCAACGGUGACUGCAGACGGCACUGUGGACAACCUGGCCCAGGCUGUGGACAUGAUCCUUGAUCAGAGGCACUGAAUACAAGGCAGUGGGCACUGGAAACUCUUCACUUACUGUGACCCUGGGUGAUAGAGGCUGGUAGCCAGUAGUAUUUUUUAUAUAGCUCUAAGUGUUGUUUCCAGUGGGAAGGGUGUACGGCAAUGAGCUUAUUCAAGUAAAAUGUCAAAACAGUACAAAACUAAAAUAUACUCCAAAUACUGUCUAACCUGUAACUGUCAGACAUGGGAAACACCCACCCAUCUGGUGCUCCACAUAGUGUAAAACAAACUAGGAUGCAAUUUGCAGAGCUAUUACCCAGGUCUGCAAAAGAUAGUUUUGAGUACUUUAGAGCUGCACUGUGCAUUUGUCAGUACAUGAUUGCCAUAGAUAAGAUACCUCAAGAUGACACGAAUGUGCCUGUAACCAGCUGCUGACUGACAGUUUGAAAGGAAAGGUAGUCCUGUGUGCUCAGACUACUGUUACACAGUCAAAUUAAUUAAGAUGCUAUACAUGAAGAUAGUUAGUAGUCAAACUGGAAAUACGCAGUUGGAAUGUAGCUGAAGUGCAUUUUAACAUACACUAAUUGAUGUAAGUACCCUAUUAUAUAUGGGUAAUAUAGUUGCACAAGCUUAUUAAAAAGCAAAUUAUAUUAAUAAAGCUAUUUUAGUAGUCUCUGAGCUGUUGAAAACAGUAAUCUCUCUGCAUUUGCUAAUUUUUACAACUGCUUAUCUUUAUUUACUUGUCUGUAAGUCGCCUCUGCUAGGGAUUGCCCCGUCACUGUGACAUUGUUAAUAGCCAAUCAUAAGCCAUAGCGCAUUCACUUCAGUGUCUACAGUGAGGUUAAAUAAAAUGAUCGAGGAGGGAAAAAAAUGGUUAUUGGGCCAGCUGGAUCAAUGAAGCCUCUGGAAGUGGGGCGAAAAACAAAUGAUCCUCCAUCGCUGGCCUCAAGGUUUCAGUGCGCCAAAUAGAUUCAACAAGAACAAAAGCCCAUUGCCAAGUGAUUCAUUGAGGUCUUUCUGGUUCACUUCACCAUUAGCUGACACAAGCUUGAAUGUUAUUGGGCAAUUAAAGGUAAUGAAAUGCUACAAAGUAUUAUGAAACUGUGUCUGAGCUGGUUGUACCACUCCUUUUUCUGAUUGGGGAAAUAAUAUUAAUGUACACGGCAAAGUACUAGCAGCUGGUACCCAGUUUUCCAACAGCUUACACAUUGUUUGACGCAGUGUUUUAUCCAUUAUGUUGCUGCCUGUUGGCCUUGUAUGGAGCUAUUAAAGUAAAUGUAUUUGACUACUCUCAAAUGAAUUCACUUGGCUUUGACUAGGUUUUUUUUUUCCUCCAGUUCAUGGGAGUGCAGUAAUUCUGAGGGGUGUAGGCCACAGUUUUCAGCAGCUCCUCUCGGUAGGUUCAUCAUCACUAGGUGUCAGACACAAACAGACACAUGCCCCAGAGCUAGCUGGUUUAUAACCACACCUCUCUGGCUGCCCCGAGGUCAUCCACCCGUUUCACACAUGUUGCACAUUAGCAGCAGUUUACCUCUGCAGGCUGCCAUGAUUGUAAACAGUGAUAUUCCUCCUGGAGUGUAGCGCAUUGAUUCCGUCACUGCGACUGCAGACUGCGAAGAAAGAUUACUUUUCAAAUAAUAGAGAUGACCUCAUUUCAGGAGACAUGUCUGGUCAUGUAUGCCCUCACUGACACAGGACAGUCUUGACAGACUUGAUACACUAAAAUUUUGACUGAGUGAAGGUGUUAUUUGCACAUCAAUUUGUGAUCUUUGUACUUUUUUUCUGAAUUGUGAUCAGCGUUGUUUCUCACUGUUUUACAUGACCGCAGUAACCUCUCUGUUGACAAUCUUUAAGUGGACUUAAUCUCAAGUAAACACUGUUAGUCCUAAAGGGAUUAGGCACUUAUUUGCUUCAGUCAAUCAACAGAAUAUAAUUAUGCAUUGAUUCAUUGCUUAAACUAAUUGAUCAAAUAAAAAUAAAUAAGGUAAAACAUUUCAA